UCCCAACGCACGGGGAGACCCUGGGAAAGGGGAAGUAAGGUCGAAGCUUGAAUCCCCAAAGCAUCUGAAGGUGGGCUUGAGAGCCUGCUGUCUGUUUAGUCUGAGUCUCCUCAGCCAAGUACUACUCCACCAGUGACCGUGGACAGUAAAAAACUAAUAAAAGCCCGAACCCAAACCCUGCCACCAUCAUAGCUUAUUUGCAUUGGGAAAAAAGUCCAAUUAUUUGGUGUCCAUGCCUUCUAUGUACACUGAAACCAGGAGUUGACAGUGGUAAAAUGGGUCUGUAAUUACUCUGGAAUCAGUAAGCCAUGGCGUCAAAGAAAUUUGCCGUUAAAUGUGGGAAUUUUGCUGUCCUGGUGGAUCUUCACAUACUGCCACAAGGUUCAAACAAAGAUAACAGCUGGUUUUCUGAACAGAAGAAAGAGGAAGUCUGUUUACUGUUAAAAGAAACCAUUGAUUCAAGAGUUAAGGAGUACUUGGAAGUUCGUAAACAGCACAGGCCAUCAAAUACAGAAUUCACAAGAUCCAGUCCCUUGACCUUAAAAGGUUAUGGCUUUCAAAUCACAGCCUAUUUCCUCAAGAGAGGGAUACGCCUUCACUGUUUCGGGGGUUCACAGAGGACUGAGCUCCGUGUAUUUCCUGACAGAUUUGUGGUCUGUGUAAGUCAGCUUUCAUUCAGUUGUGAUCUUUUGGCAAGUCAGAAUGAAGAAUUGACGGAAGGAGCUCUCCACGGAGCGUCUGAUUAUUUUGCUGAGUGUGCGGAGAGUUCACUUCCUCCCAGUGCAAGGCGCAAGAGAAACGCUCGGAAAGAAAUUGCAAAAAGAACUGAAACAAAAGACAGCGUUGUGAGCAAAUCAUGGAGCAGCAGGGACAUUGUGGGAACUUCUAGUGACCCAGUGAUGGCGGAGAUAACGAGGAGGAGGGGUGACAGUUGGGCUUCAACCAGUCCCCCAUCAGAGUCCACAGGACAAGCAGAAGAUUACAUAAAGGCAGCCAAGAGCCACUGGGGGCUUCCUGUUCAAAAGCUGGAAAAUGUUCAUCAGACCCAGCCAGAAGACACUAGCAGCCAGCAAAAACCUCAUUUCGGGGAGUGGUUAGAGACAGGGCUUCUAGGCAGGAGCCCUGUCUGUAGCUGUGAGUCAGCAUCACCAGGUCCAAAACAAAGUCCACAAGGGGCCAGAACACAACAGAAACGCAGGAACCGGGGCUCUGCAGAAGACGUCGACCACCACAAGAGAGUUUCUCUUGGAAGUGAUCGAUUAGUCCCAAGAGAAAUAAUAGUGGAAAAAAGCAAAGCUGUCAGGGUUUUGCCAACCUCAGAGCUGUCAGAUCCGGGGUUACUUUUGAAACAAGGUUUGGCAAAAACGGCAUCUAAUGAAGAGUUGCAUGUUGGGGAAAAUCUCUCCUCCGGACAUCUUACAAAAAAUCAGCCAGGGCAGGCACAGCAAACCGGCUCAGCCACAAACACUGAAAGAUUAUCUGCAAUCCGGAGCAGCCCAACCAAGAAAAGAAAGAAGUACGAAAGAGGCCACUAACUUACUUAACGGGGAUUGCAGACUUGUAGUUGGGUAUAUAAUGGCUGAAGGUGCGGAAAGAGAGCGGUGUGUUUAGCUGUCCUGAUGUUAAAGGAAUUAGAGUGAUGAUUUUGUAUAGAAAGUAGAGCUCCGUGUGAGGGUUAAUUUUUAACGCAUUCAUCUGCAAGAGGCUAUGUGCUUUUUCUAACAACAUUGCUACUUUCUCAUCAUACUUUUUUGUCUUCAGAGCCAUUCACCUUGUCAAGGUUGACCCCAUUCUUGAACGAACUGCAUGAAGAAACCAGGCAUGUGCCUUUGUGACUCAUCACUGGGCAGACCAUACAAUGGGCCACAUGAAGACAGUGCUGUAUCUAGGGGUACAAUUUCUCCUCCUGUUCCUCAGCCUGAGUUGGGCAGAAGUGAAGGAACAGGUCCUCAAUAUCUGGUUCUGGGCCCAGCAUCACCGUCUGAAAAUGUGUUAGAAAUGCAGACCUUGGGCCCCACCCCAGAUCUACUGAAUGAGAAACUCUGGGCGAUUCUGAAACAUGCUCAAGUUUGAGAACCACUGGACUAAUUGGAGACUCCCUAGUGUUUGUUUCCUCCAGCCUGACUCGCAUGGCCUCCAGCUCAUCUGCCUGAGGCCCACAUGUGGACAGGCACCCCCUCGUGCCCCCUCAGACUUGUAAAACACCUGGGUUCGGCAUCUGAGCUGCUCUGUUCCUGGUUUCUCUACAGCAUGGUGGCCACAGCACCCACAAAACUGUUACUUACCCUAAGAAGUGCUAGAAGUUUAUGGGUAAUUUGACUCAGCAUUAGAGGAAGACAGUAGAGGGAGAGGCUUGUUCUCCCUUGUAGCCCAGGCAUGUCCCUGUCCCUGCCCUUGCCCCCACCUCUAAGAUUUUGGUUAGGUUCAGGAAAGAUUAGAACCCAAGGGGAACUCAGUGGCCAGAGUUUCCAGUUUCCCAGUUGGAAGGCAUCACAAACAGUUUGAAUUUCAAAACAGGAGCCUUCCAUUUGCAGUAUCACCCACUAAUGUCUCCAGUGGGCUUGCUGAAAUGUCACAGAGUGAAUCAUUGCAAUGACUUAUUUUGGAUGGACACCUACUAAAGAUUUUCUUAACCCAACUUCAUUCUAAAAUAGGGGAAAAACCAUAUUCAAAGGCCACCCAUCAAAUACAUCUUUUUUUUUUUUCUGUUCAACAUUGUGUGGUCCUUUGAAGUAGCACCUCCCUAGUAACAAGGAAAAUCAAGUAUAUUCCCAGAGUGUUGGAGUUAGCAGAAAAAUAACCCAGAAGAGGCCCAAUGAAAUAAAAGAAUAUGGAAACAGACACAGUGUAGGUGGUUCAGAAUGCUUAAAACUAAUUGUGGUUUUGUUUCUCUAGCUCAUUCUAUACUUGCCUCUGACUUCUUUCCCACUUGAAGGGUAGGACUCCUUAAGAGGCAACCAUACUCCCUGACACCAUUUUGGGUCAUGCAGUUCAGUGUUGGUCACUACCCUUGGCCAUGAACGUAGAUGCUAUUCCUUUGCUGUUCCCCACACUGCCUGGACACCUGUCCCCUUCUCGUGGUCCCAGCCUCCCCCCCCCCCCCCCGGAACAUGGCCUGCCCACCGGUGACCUUUCCUCUUCCCGCAGGUUUUUCCCUGCUCUUAGCUGAUUCCAGUCAAAGCAUUCUGUAGGAGAAGAGGGAGCCCAACAGAAUACUAACCACAGUCGAGCAGAUUGUAUUCAUCCAUUUGGGAGUAGACUGCACAGAAUGGAAAUGCUCCACUGUGGGCCCCCUCUCUUGGAGUGACAACUGUUCUAGGUGUGCUCUUCACCGAAGUCAGGGGCAGAGUGUGUCACUGAAUAUUCUUGAACAGAAUUCUUGGAACAGUUUAAACAGAGGGGGGCCCAAAGAAUAACCCGGGUGAUCGGCCAAAAAACAAUAAGCUCCCUGGAACGGAAUCUCAAAUAAAAAAGACAACCAUUUCAGAACACUAGCUGUUAACCCAGCACUAGAAGGAGAUGUUUGGAAUGGAGGCACCAGAGAAAAGCUUUUAAUUGAAAAGUUUUUAUUUCAUUUAUUAACUGGGGCCUGCACAGUGGGUAAAGCCAAUCCUUGUGAUUUAAUGAUUUUCUCUCAAGAACAGCCUUGGCUUUAGAGUUUGGUGUAUUUGUGGAGAUAACAAUUACUGUGACCUCAAAGGGAAAAUAGCACAUUUGGUUGUAGGUUGAUAGGGUCUUUCUCACAGCGCACAUGUACGUGGGAUUGUGACAGGAUUAACGGAGCGAAGAGCUCUCUGGUUCUGCACUGUGGCCUGUGUCUGAGGAAUUUUGCCUUUAAGCAUUUUCUCCCACAUGUCUGAAACACCCCUGGAUCUCUUAGUACUGGAGUGGUUGUGUAAUUCUUUGGAUGUUUGAAAGUACAAAGGGGAAAAUGGCUGCCAGGUUUUAUUGUUGCUUAUUAGCUGGGAAAUGCAGAGUUCUCCACGACUGGGAGUGGUAUGUGUGUUGACAUUCUUAAUAAUCUUAUUAAUUACGCAUCUGAAAAUCUGAGAGCCUAUCAAUAUUCUUAGACAAAAAGAACAAAUUCUUCAACCACUUAAUAACCCAAACUCAAUUUAUAUUCAAGUCCCUGUAAUUCUGAUGCUUGGAAGAAAUGUGGGUCCAAUUCUGUUAAUGUUACAACUUUGAGCUCCCUAUCUCAGUGUCAUGGCUUCUAAGUCACAUCCAUGUGCUUUCAGAUGACUUUUUAAUAGAUUGAUGUUGAGUGUUGUGUUUUUGUUGUUGUUGUUUAAUGUCUAUAAACAAAUCUCUGAGAACAGUCAGUGUGAUUUUUCUUACACUUUUUUUUUUCUUUGCCACUGGAGGAUAACUGUUGUCCAGAUAUGCAUGUAAAUUGUUAAAUGCAAAGGAGCAACUAUUUGGGGAGAGAGGCGUG